AUGGCGGCGACGUUCUCGCGCGCGCGCGCGCGGGCGGCGUUCCCGCGCGUCUCCAUGACGACGGCGCGCACGCUCGUCGUCCUCGCCGCGGCCGCGAUCUGCGUCUUGGCGCGUCCAACGUUCGUCCUCGCGGACGGCGUCGGCCGCGAUCGAGGCGCGGUGGCGAAUCUCGCGGUCGAGCCCGCGAACGAUUUCGCGUACACGACGACCGCGGAGUCCCCCUCGGGUCCGAAGUACGCGAACGCGCGACUCGAGCACGUCCGCCCGGACGAGCGCGUCCCCGAGCCGCUCGUGUCCAUCUCCCCGAUGGAUCUCGACUUCGGCGGCCCGACGCUGUGCUCCGUCGCGUCCUCGCACGUCACGGUGAUGAACAAAGAUCCGACGAAGGCGCUCAAGGUCACGUCCGUGACGACCGAUCACCUCGCGUUCCAGCCCGCGAACUUCACGCCCGUGGAGCUGCCGCCGAUGGGCCGCGCGCGCGUGAAGAUCGCCUUCAUCCCUCGCGCGUUGGGCGCGUCGCACGCGUCCUUCAUGGUGCACACGUCCGUGGGCGCGUUCAUCGUCCGCGCCAAGGCGAACGCGGUCGAGUCCCCGUACAAGGUGCACCCGCUCGUCGGCGCGCAGAUCCAAACCGGCGUCCCGCACGUCUACAGGCUCCACGUGCACAACCCGCACGCGACGCCGCUGACGGUCACGUCGGUGGACACCCCGGACGACUUCAUGUCGCUCGCGCCCGCGGGCAGGGACGAGCGCGACCACUCGAGCGCGUUUGACGCGGAGACGGAGUACGAGUUACAGCCGGACGGCGCGACGUAUUUGAAGAAGGAGCGGACGUAUGACCGGUCGAUCUGGGAGAUCGAGCCGGGGGAGACGCGCGCGAUCGUCUUGGUGCGCGUCGACGCGAUGCACGACGGCGCGCACGAGGGGCACGUGAGGGUGAGCAUGGAGCACGGAGAGGCGGCGGACGGGUCGAUGCGAGACGACGGCGGCGGCGGCGGCGGCGGCGGCGACGACGGAGGAGGAGUGGGGGGAUUCGAAGGAUUCGAAGACGAAAACGCGACGGCGACGCGGCGGACGCGCGCGGGUUCGGGUUCGGGUUCGAUCGACGCGAGGAGGGUCGCGCGCGCGGAGCUGCACAUCCCGGUGCACGCGCACGCGAGCCCGACCGGGGUGUUCGCGUCCCCGGAUCGGAUCGAUUUCGGCGUCGCGACGCGGCGCGUGGACCGCCUGAGGACGUCUUUGUCGCUGUUCAACGGCGCGGACCGGCCGACGCGAAUCUUGGACGUGCACACGCGCCCGGCGGACCCGUCGUUCCGAUGGCGCUACGACAAGGACGCGCUCAUCGCCCCGGACGCGAGCGCGCUGAACGCGAUCGAGUUUACGUACAGCGGCAAGCUCGCGGGGGAGAGGACCGGAAACGUGUUCGUGAAGAUGGAAGGGCAGCGGAGGCCGAUCGUCGUUCCGUAUCGCGCGAGGGUGUUUCACGGGAAGCUGCAGAUCGACGACGCGGAGGUGAGCUUCAUCUCCCCCGAUGAGGAUGAGGGCGGCGACGGGCCGUUCGACGCGAUCUCGAACGUGGUGACGGUGAAGAACAAGUUCCCCACGCCGAUCAAGUUUCUCUCCGCGAAAGUGACGCGGAUCGAAGGCGUGGACGACGAUAAGAUCGCGGACGAUAAGAUCGCGUCGUUCGACGUCUCCGACGUGGACUUGGGCGAGAUCGUCCUUUCCGAGGGUACGCUGUCCCCGUUCACGCUCGAGUGGACGCCGACGCGCGCGGGCGCGUCGUUCACGGCGAUUCUCGCGUUCGAGACGGACGUCACGACGCUGGAGGUUCCCGUGAGGGUGUACGACGGGAAGCUGACGUGCGUCGAGGACGACGCCGCGAUCGCGAUCGCGGCGUCGAUCGAGUCCGAAUCCGAGUCCGCUGCCGCGGGCGCGGCCGCGGACGUCGUCGGGUGCGCGGACGACCGCACGGUGUCGAGCAUCGACUUUGGCGUCGUCGGCGCGCCCGCGACGAGAACGAAGCGCUUCGCGGUCGGGAACCCGAACCAGUUCGCGAUCGCGAUGACGCGCGCCGUCUCCACGGUGCGCGCCGUGCGCGCGUCGCGCGUCGUCGUCCUCGCGCCCGACGGAGAGGAAUCCGGCGCGCGCGAGUGGAUCCUCGACGCGCGGCGGCGGACGUGCGACGGCGACGGCUCGAGCUCGACGUGCGAGCAAGCGACGGACGCGGUGAUUCCCCCCGGCGGCGUCGCCGUCGUCGACGUCGUCGCGGACGUCACCGAGGACGAGAUCGCCCCGGACGGCGCCGUCGUCUUCGCGUUCGACAACGGCCGCGAGUUGCGGACGCGCGUGUCCUUGCGCGCGGUCACGGGCGAGAUCGUCGUCAAGGUGGCGCCGCUGCCGCCGUCGCACCCGGGACGGCCUGCGUCCUCGCCGUUGAUCGUCACGAACACGUUCGCGGAGACGGUCACCCUCGCGGACGUCGAGUCCGACGACCCCGCGAUUCGAUUCGUCCCCGCCAAGGCGUUCGCCACCGGCGGCGCCCGACCGAAGCUGGCGCCGAACGUCGAGACCGUCGUCGGCGAGGUGCACUUCGACCCGUCGACGCUCCCCGAGGACGCCGCGUACCUCGGCGGUCUCGUCGGCGCCGCGGGCGAGACCGCCGCGGAGCGAAGCCUCGGCGAGCUCACCAAGUCUCACGCGGAGGAGCUCCGCAGGGCGAACGUCGCGUGGCUCGCCGCGGCGGCCGGGAGGGACGACGACGGCGCGGCGACGACGACGCUGCGACUGCGCGCCGACGCAGUGGACGUCACGCCGGUGCCGGUGACAACCACGCUGGUGCGGCCCGCGAUCAUUAAAUGGGAGUUCGUCGACGUGGAUCGCGGCGAGGACGGCGGGGCGACGGAGACGGUCGGGGACGAGAUUUCGUUCGGCUCCGCCGUCGUCGGCGCGACGGGACGCAGGCAAGCGCGCGUGUACGUCGUGAACCCGUCCACGACGGGCACGAUGUGCGCGUCGUCGCCGCCUUUAACGCGCGUCUCGACGCGCGCGACGCGGUCCUCGAGCGGCGGCGGCGACGCGUCCGCCAAGCCCGGCGUCGGCGCCGGGCACGAUCACGGCGGCGCGCUCGCGGCGGCGAAGGCGCACCUCGCCGGCGAUUUCCCCGGCGCGUCCGUCGUCGGCUUCACCGUGCGCGACGGCGACGUCGCGUCCAUGCUCGGCAAGAGGCGGAGGUGGACGUUCAAGUCUGGAACCGCGGCGGCGUCGGACGGCGACGCGCCGGAUCGCGUCUGCUUGGGCCCGACCGAGCGGGCGUUGCUCGGCGUGGUCGCGUUUCAGCCGACGCGCGCGGGCGCGCACGCCGCGCACAUGUGCGCGCGGAACGACCUCAGCGUCCUGUCCUGCGUCGUCCUCAGAGGCGAGGGCGCGGAGCCGCCGAAGCUGAAGACGAGGAUGGUGACGUAUAAGACGCACACGUUCGGAUCCGCGCACGGCGCGGUGACGGACGUCGCGUUCAACACCGAGGCGGCGGAGGGGACGCAGGCGGUGACCGUCGCGGUGUUCAACGCCGGGAACCGACCGGUGUCGGUGUCGCCGCCGAAGAUCGGCACGACGGGGAAGUGCGCGUGGGGCGGGAUCUCCGUGGACCCGUGCGAGGAGACGUACCUGCGCGCGGGGCAAGCGAGCCCGAUCACGGUGACGUACACGCCGUCGUCGGACGAUUCGAGGAAGCCCCCGGCGGCGAUGAUGCUGAUGUUCGACGUCGCCGCGCGCGGCGAGGACAGAGAUGACGUCGUCGACGGCGACGCGGAGACGCUGUGGACGCGGAUCGUGACGACCGCGACCGCGAGCACUGGGGCGUACGAGGAGGGCGAGUAUGUCGCCGCGCGCGCGUGCGAGGGGUUGAUGUGCACGUUUCAGGUGACGACUUCGGAGUUUGUCGUCGCCGUGCUCGCGGUGGUCGUCGCGUAUCUGGUUUUGUUCGUGCAGCACGGUGUCCACGCGGAGGAGCCGACGGGCGCGAAGGAGACGUCGGCGGGCGCCGCGAAGAAGGGCGACGGCGCGAUGGAGACGAAGAAAGGGAAGGAGGCGAAGGAGGAGGAGGCGGCGGCGGCGGCGGCGAAAGAGGAGGAGGACUUGAAGAAGGAGAAGGCGGCGGCGAAGAAGCUGAUGGACGAACUCGUCGCGGAGGCGGCGGCGAAGAAGCUGAUGGACGAACUCGUCGCGGAGGAGGAGGAAAAGCGGAGGAAGAAGGAGGAGGAGAAGCGGAGGAAGAAGAAGGAGGAGGAGGAGGAGGAGGAGGAGGCCGCCGCCGCCGCCGCGGAGGUCGCGCCGGCGCCGCCGCCGGCGGACGAGACGAGGCGCGAGGAGACGCGCGAGAUCCCGAAGGAAACGACGAAACCCGCGCCGCCGGUCGCGGUCGCGGAGCACAGGCCGGUCGUCCCCGCCCAGCAGGCGAAGAAGUCGCCGGUGCCGACGCCGAGGACGGCGACGGCAGCCGCCGGCGCGGGCAUCGGGUUCGCGGCGGGAACGAAGCAGCCGCCGGCGCCGAAAUCCGCGGAGACGAAGUUCCCCAAGCCGAAGUGGAUGCCGCCGCCGCGCGAUGUCGUCGCUCCCGCGGUCGCUAGGCCGGCUCCGCCGCCGUCGUCCACCCCGGCGCUGGCGACGAUCGCGGCGACGCACCCGCCGCCGGCGCCGCCGCGCCCGCCGGCGUCGUUCCUCCCGCCGCGACGGCCAGACUGGAUCACGCCGCCGAACGCGGAGGCGCCGCCGCCGGUGGCGCCGCCGCCGCUUGUCGCGCCGCCCGCGGCGUCGCGCCUCGCCGGGAUCUACGCGACCGCGCCGCCGCCCGCGCAGACGACGACGACGACGACGACGACGACGAGCGCGUCGUGGAACGGGCACUCGUUGCUCACGCCGUCGGACCUCGCCGCGAUGAUCGGCCAGGGCGGCGGCGGCGGCGGCGGGAGAGCGCCGCCGGGGUACGGCGGCGGACGUCCGCCGAACGUGGACGACAUGUUCGGGCCCACCGCGGGAGCCGCGGGCGGCGGCGGCGGCGGCGGAGCUCGCGGGUACGACAUCUGGGGCGGCGACCACUUCUCGAGGAUGCGCGCGGCGAGUCCCGUCGGCGCGGCGGGCGCCGGUGGAAACGCGGGGAGCGGGUUCGCGUCGCCGACGGCGAACGCGAACGCGGGGCUGCCGUCGUUCUUCGGAUCCGCGGCGAACGCGGUGGACGACGACGCGCUCGAGUGCGAUGGCGACGGCGCGACGUGGGAAGAACAGAACAAGGUGUUGGAGGACUUGAACCUGCACUGA